UUCUUGUGAGUUUUUUUGUGUUGGUUAAUGCUUACAUGACCUGCAAGUAAAAAGAUAUACAAAAUGAAGAUGCAAAUGUAUUUGUCAUACUUGUGUUCCUGUUUUGUUAUGUUUUCCUUCCCCAUGUGCUCCGUGUGACCCAGUUUCUCCCUCUCGUUUUGAUUAAUCAUUUGGUUCAGGUGUAUCCUGUUAAUUACCCUCGUUUGUCUAUGUAUUUAAGCCUCAGUCUGUUCAGUCUUUGGUUGUCCGGUCACUGUUAUGUUAUGCUGUGUUUUCCCUCACCAUUUUUGCCUAUGUUCUAAGCUUGUUCAUUAAACAAAGUGAUUUCGUACUACACCUCCUGUCUUCGCCUUCCUUCCUGAAUCACCAUGACAGAUGACUGGAUCGAAUAACGCAAACUGGGCUGAAGACCAGCUGUGGUGCCUGCAGCAGGGUGGUCGGCCUUUGAAAAAUUUACUUCUAACAGUGCUAAAACAGCGCUAAAAUCUACAUCCCUUCUGCUGUCUCCAGUUCCAAGAGCCGUUCUAGUCCUCAGUACAGAAAGUUCAGUUCCCUAGCCGAUCCACGGUCAAGUUUACCGGCCGCUCCAAUGUCAAGCCUGCUGGCCGCUCCCCUGUCAAUUUGCCGGCCACUCUACUGUCAAGCCCGUCAUCUGAUUCACUCCCAAGCCCUAUGAUAACAGCAGCUAUCUCCUUAACCUCAGCCCAAAAAAGGAGAAUGAGGAGGAAAUGACUGUUGGCCCUAGCCCCUGACCAGAGUCGAGAGAUGGCUCUAGCCCCUGACCCGAGUCGAGAGAGUCUGUUCCAAAAUGCUCUCCAGAGUCCACUCCAGAGCUCAACAGGGAGCCCACUCACGUCACAGAGCUCUACCGGGACCCCACUCAAUUCACAGAGCUAAACAAGGCGUCCAACCCACCUUCAUCUCCGCUGGUCCCGUCCAGCCCUCCUUUGUCUCCUGAGUCUCCUUCAUCUCCGCUGGUCCCGUCCAGCCUUCCUUUGUCUCCUGAGUCUCCUUCAUCUCCUGUUCCCACGUCUAGUCCAGAGAGGGCUCCUGUUCCCACGUCCAGCCCAGGGAAGGCCUCAGAUCCCGAGUCUACCCCAGAGAGGGCCACAGAUCCCAAGUCUAGCCCAAGGAGGGAUCCUGUUUCCACGUCCAGCCCAGAGAGGGCUCCUGCCCUCAUGUCAAACCCUGAGAAGGCUGUGGUUUCCAUGUCCAGUCCCGAGAGGGCUUAUGUUCCCAAGUCCAACCAGGAGAGGGCUUCUGUUUUUGAGAACAGCCCGGAAUGGACUUCUGAGCCCAGCCCAGAGCCGGUCCCAGCCAGGGGACCCGGAGUCUCCCCCAAUAAAUCCUUUUUUGGAGGGGGUGGCCUAUAUGUCUCCAGCUGUAGUGGCCAGGCCGGGUGCCGAGGUCAAAGCCACGGAGGCCGUCCAGCCAUGGCCCCUUGAACUACCUGUUCCUCCAUGGUUUCCUGAACCGCCUGCUCUGCCAUGGCCUCCUGAACUACCUGUUCUGCCCUGGCCUCCUGGACUGCCUGUCCCUCGAGGCCUCCAGAGCACCCCCCCCCCACCCUCUGGAAGUUAAGUGGCGCCAGGACGCGCCUUCCGGGAGGGGGAGGUAAUGUCAUACUUGUGUUCCUGUUUUGUUGGGUUUUCUUUCCCCAUGUGCUCCCCAUGACCCAGUUUCUCCCUCUCAUUUUGAUUAAUCAUUAGGUUCAGGUGUGUCCCAUUAAUUAACCUAAUUUGUCUAUGUAUUUAAGCCCCAGUCUGUUCAGUCUUUGGUUGUCCGAUCACCGUUAUGUUAUGCAGUGUUUUCCCUCAUCAUUCUGCCUGUGUUCUAAGCUUGUUCAUUAAAUUAAGGGCACAGCAGACUGGUUUGGGGUCAGCAAUGAUGUGGAUGCCACCCAGAAAUGGCAGCGGAAGAGCCUGCGGCACUGUACCCAGCGCUACGGCAAACUGAAGCCUCAGGUGAUACGCGAAAUGGACCUGCCUAGUCAAGACAAUCUCUCCAUGACCAGUACAGAGACCCCUCCUCCUCUAUACCUCCCCCCCACACAGCAUGGCAUGCAGAGGAUAGUAGACCCGCUGGCUCGGGGUCGAGCGUUCCGUAACGUAGAGGAAGUGGAUGGUCUGAGUAUACCUCAGACCCCCAUCAGCCCCUGCGGCGUUUCCCUGUGCUCCUUCACCAGCUCCCGCUCCGGCUUCAACAGACCUCCCCGCAGACAUAAGCGCGAGUCUGUCGCCAAAAUGGGCUUCAGAGCGGCCGCUGCUCUAGUAAAGGGACGUUCUCUGCGGGAUGGGACCGUUCGGCAAGUGCAUAGGCGGAGUUUCGCCACAGCCAGUUUCCUGGAUGAGGACACUGUGGAUUUCCCUGAUGAACUGGACACCUCCUUCUUUGCCAAGGAUGGGCUUGCGCACGAAGAGCUGUCCACAUACGCAGAUGAGGUGUUUGAGUCGCCUUCUGAAGCUGCCAUUAAAGAAACUGAUGCCAGUAGAGCUGAAGAUGAGCGCGACUUGACGGGCAGUGCCCUAGAGAGAACAGAACUAGAGCGGAGCCAUCUUUUGCUUCCUCUUGAGAGGGGGUGGCGUAAGGGAACGGAUGGUGCUCUGAUUCAGCCUAAAGUGCGAUUACGGCAGGAAGUGGUGAGUGUGGGUGGUCAGCGGCGUGGACAGCGCAUUACUGUGCCUGUUAAGAAACUAUUUGCCAAGGAGAAGCGUCCUUACGGGCUUGGCAUGGUGGGCCGACUGACCAACCGCACAUACCGCAAACGCAUUGACAGCUACGUGAAGAAACAAAUAGAAGACAUGAAUGACCACAGGCCUUUCUUCACUUACUGGAUGACCUUUGUACAUUUGCUGAUUACCAUCUUGGCAGUUUUCAUCUAUGGGAUUGCACCUGUGGGCUUUUCACAACAUGAGACAGUUGAUUCUGUCUUACGAAACAAAGGUGUUUAUGAAAAUGUCAAAUUCAUGCAGCAAGAAAAUUUCUGGGUUGGUCCAAGCUCGGAGGCGCUGAUUCACCUCGGGGCGAAGUUCUCACCCUGCAUGCGUCAAGAUCAGGACGUGCACCAGCUCAUUCAGGAGAAGAAGAACAGUGAGCGGCACUCGGCGUGCUGCGUCCGUAAUGACCAGUCAGGCUGCGUGCAGACCUCUCAGGAGGAGUGCUCGAGUACACUGGCAUUAUGGGUAAAGUGGCCUCAGCACCCAAGCGCUCCAUUUCUAGAGGGGAAAGUGCGUCAGUAUGGCUCUGUGUGCCAUCAAGACCCAAGAAUUUGCCUGGAGCCUGCCUCCGUUACUCCUCAUGAGUGGCCUGAUGACAUCUCUAAGUGGCCGAUAUGCACCAGGUACAGCACAGGGAACCACACUAACCUGCCACACAUUGAUUGCGUCAUCACUGCCAGACCCUGCUGCAUCGGAACCAAAGGAAGGUGCGAGAUUACAUCAAGAGAGUACUGUAACUUUAUGAAGGGAUACUUCCAUGAGGAGGCUACACUGUGUUCUCAGGUUCAUUGCAUGGAUGAUGUGUGUGGCCUCUUGCCUUUCUUGAACCCCGAGAUCCCAGACCAGUUCUAUCGGCUCUGGCUCUCUCUCUUCCUGCAUGCUGGGAUACUGCACUGCCUGGUGUCUGUGUGCUUCCAGAUGACCAUUCUGAGGGAUCUGGAGAAGCUAGCAGGCUGGCUGAGAAUCUCCAUUAUCUAUAUCCUCAGUGGGAUUACAGGCAACCUGGCCAGUGCCAUCUUCUUACCGUACAGAGCAGAGGUGGGUCCGGCUGGUUCUCAAUUUGGCAUCUUGGCCUGUCUGUUCGUGGAGCUGUUCCAGAGCUGGCAGAUCUUGGCACGGCCAUGGAGGGCCUUCAUCAAGCUAUCAUGCAUAGUGCUGUUCCUCUUCGCCUUCGGCCUGCUGCCCUGGAUAGAUAAUUUUGCCCACAUCUGUGGCUUUGUCUCAGGCUUCUUCCUUUCCUUUGCCUUCCUGCCCUACAUCAGCUUCGGCCCAAUGGACAUGUACCGCAAACGUUUGCAGAUCCUAGUGGCACUUGCUCUGUUCCUGUGCAUCUUCUCCAGCUUUGUUGUACUCUUUUACAUUUACCCCAUCAAGUGUGAGUGGUGUGAGCUUCUCACCUGCAUCCCGCUGACAGACAAGUUCUGUGAGAAAUAUGACCUCAAUGCUCACCUCCACUGAGGCCUUGCAGAAGAAGGGCUAGAAUCGAGGGCAGUUGGAUGCCAACUUCAUCUUUCUGGAGGCCUGGAAUGAUUUGAUUACAGACUCUUAAAAUGUACAGUCUUUUUAUAUAAUGUACUUUCUAAAGAAGGUUUUAUUGUUUUUAAUUUCUCCAGCUCAGAGAAGAGCACGCCCCAGGAGGGAAAAAUAAUAAUAAUACUGCCAAUCGUGCCUUUUCACUCAGUACCAGCUACUGCCAUGUCCUGUAAGAUCAGAGCACUUUUGAGGCAAACCUGUGUGUAGUGCAACUACAGGGUAAUGUUUGGUAGUGUUUUAGCUACCUGAUCACAUAUAUCACAAAAUACAAUGUGACAAAAUCA